CCUCGGAGAAAAGGGGCUGAUCACACCACGUCGUGGAACAAUUAAAUAAAUCAGCUCUUGCAUUCUUCCACGUACUUGCGAUAUUGCCAGCACACUGAGAACGCGCUCAUUUCGAGACAUCAUCCAUUUUUCUUCUCUGUAACAACAAACGAGAGAAACGGCGAACCAUGGCUGGAAAAUUUGAUCCUCAAAACGCACAGAAUCUCGUUGAGAUUGAGAAACAAUUCGCUGUAAAGGCUGUCGAACAGGCUCAGACAUAUUGGAAUCUUCUAGCUAAAGUUCAACCGAAAGAAUUGCGUCUUACCAAACUUGAUGAUGAGAUAUUUCAACAUACUAUGGAGGCAUUCCCUGAGCUCGCCAAAGAGCCUUACGAGAAUCUUACGAAGCUAGACGAAGAGUGGAUGAAGAGUGCCGAAGGAAAAGAGAGAUGGAGAAAAUUCAUCAUGUCGUACGAAAAGAAAGUCAAAGACCACAACUUUGGCUCCCUCAUCCGUAUGAAUGCUAGGGAUGAGUAUGCCGAGAAGAACACAAUAUUUGUUACACGGAUUCAGUUCUAUGCCAUUGAGAUAUCAAGGAAUAGACUCGGCCUCAACGACAAGGCUCACGAAAUGGCAAAAGAGGAAGUGGAAAAAGAGAGACUACAGAAAGAGCAAGAGGAUGCAAAGAAGAAAAAGAAGAAAGCCUCUUCAUAACCGCGCAAAGGGACUGAUUCCGAAAAUUGUAGGGUGCUUUGGAUGUGUUUCCACUGUUGAUAUCAUAUCACAAACAAGUAUUGUUAUUGAUUCUCACAUCCAGGAUUCGAUUUG